AAGACGCUUGGCACCUCAUUCAACCAACGUGUUAUAGGUUUCGGUGCCUUUCUUUUUUCUAAUUUAAUGCUUCAUAUACUAUACCCCAUAUAUACAUACAUACACAUGAAAUUCAAUUAUACUAGUAUAGAAAUAGUGCUAUAUAAAUCAUAUCCUACAUUCCUAUGUCCCUCUUCUCUGUUUGCGCCAGUUCACUUCAUAAAUGGAUUGGUUGCAUAAGCUCAGAAGAACUUUCACUCUACUCUCCUCCCGAAUCAAGCUUCGAAAAUCUGGAGCAGGGGUUGUUGGCCGAUGUCGACGCGGCGGCGGUGCGGACGGCGAAUGCGGCAAAACCAGUGGUGGGUUAUUAAAUCUUCGAGAUGAUGUUGAAAUGUGUGGUUACAAAGAUGUUGAGAUUAUGUGGAACAUGUUAAGCUUAAGCAUAACACCUGAGAGAAUGGAAACGCCACGAAACAAUAUUAAACAAAAACUUCCAAGGCGUAGCUGCAAGCAAAGAUUUAAUUCUAGGCUUUUCUUUUGGACUAACCAUAACCCAUAAACUUUGUGCCUAGAUUAUUUAAAGUUACAAGUUUUGAAGUGGCAUAAUGUUUUGUACAUAUAUGACAAUGAAUUAAUUUCAUAAACUUAUGUAAUUAAGAAGUUAGUUCCUUUGCACACCGAGUAUAGUUUUUGGUAGUAUUAUACAAUUUAUUUA